AUGGAGUGUGGGAUGCAGCCACCACGCUUAUACACAAAUAUUGUCAACGGCAAUAACCUUCCCUUCACCCUCCAACCAUCCCGAACAACCACUGCUGGUGGAUUGGCGCCGUUGGACGCAGAUACCGGGGAAAUCCUCUGGAGCACGGAAAAUUCGAGCAAUGACACUACCCAUGGCAGGAUGGGGGCAAUAUUGUGGUCAUUCAACAUUGGCGCCACCACGUACGGAGGAGCAUCGGCUAGCUACGGUUGUGUUAUUAUUAGUCAAGUGUAUUCCAUUGGACUAGCAAGAUCCCAUCCAACUUGA